AUGCCAUCCUCUAUCUCGUGGGGCCUCCUGCUGCUGGCCGGCCUCAGCUGCCUGGCCACUGGCUGCCUGAUUGAGGAUUCUGAGGAGUCAGAUGCACCCAAGCAUGACCAGGAGAACUCAGCCUCCCACAAGAUUGCCCCGAACCUGGCAGAGUUUGCCUUUAGCCUCUACCGUGUGCUGGCCCAUGAGUCCAACACCGCCAACAUCUUCUUCUCCCCCGUGAGCAUCGCCACGGCCUUGGGCUCGCUCUCGCUGGGCACCAAGGCUGACACUCACACCCAGAUCAUGGAGGGCGUGGGCUUCAACCUCACGGAGAUCUCAGAGGAUGGAGCAGAGGUGGGCACAUUGGAGGAACCCUUCAAGGCCGAUCACACCAUGGAGCAAGACUUCUAUGUGAACGAGGCCACCACCGUGAGGGUGCCCAUGAUGAACCGCCUGGGCAUGUUUGACCUGCACUACUGUCUCACACUGUCCAGCAUGGUGCUAAAGAUGAAAUACCUGGGCAAUGUCACCGCCAUCUUCAUCAUGCCCAAGGUGGGGAGAAUGGAGUAUGUGGAGGACACCCUCACGAAGGAAUUCCUCGACAAGUUGCUGAAAAAAGAUUACAGCGGGUGA